GAAAACAAAGUUCUGUUUGUGUUUGGCUUCGGUUUUGGUUUUGAUUUUUUCCCUAUCCGUCCCCCUUAUCUUUUCUUUGUAUCGGCACGUGAAAAAUAAAAGGGUCCUUUUAUGUGUACAUUUGUUUCUAUAUAUAUAUAUAUGACGGUUCAUGCAUUGCAUGUUUCAAUUAAUUUAGAGAGGGACAGGCUAUAUUUUUGCACAGAAAUUGUGCACAGACCAAAAUUAAUGUUGAGCUUUGGUCAAGCAACUUCCACCAAAAAGAUUUGAUUUCCCAUUGCUGCAUAUUUUGUAAAGUCAAAUAGGCAAUCUUGUUCUUCUGGUAAAAGGAAAAAAUAUUUGUUAGUUGGGUAGUGGGAAAGUAAGAGAAGAAGCAUAAGAUUGAAACAGGUUAUAUAGGAGUCUCAGUUUAGUUUAAAGACACGUCUAUUAAAGUUAGUUCAUUAUUCAGGUCUUGUUGGUACUUUCCAGACUUUGUUAACCAUUUAGAGCGUUGUGGGAAGCAUCAUGGGAGUGGUUCAUAAUGCAUACUCAAAUGGAAGUGUUGGUGUCCAGAAUUGUAAUGGGGUGGAAGAGAAGCUUGAUGGUUUGAGGAGGCUUAUUGGGAAGGCUGAUGGUGACCCUUUGAGAAUUGUGAGUGUAGGAGCUGGUGCUUGGGGCAGUGUUUUUGCAGCCUUGUUACAAGACUCCUAUGGCCAAUUCAGGGACAAGAUACAAAUAAGGAUAUGGAGAAGAGCAGGAAGGGCAGUGGAUAGAGGCACUGCAGAACAUCUCUUUGAAGUCAUCAACUCAAGGGAGGAUGUGUUGAGGAGGUUGAUCAGGCGUUGUGCUUAUCUGAAGUAUGUUGAGGCAAGGCUUGGUGAUAGAACCCUCUAUGCUGAUGAGAUUCUCAAGGAUGGCUUUUGCUUGAACAUGAUUGAUACCCCACUUUGUCCACUGAAGGUGGUCACAAACCUGCAAGAAGCUGUUUGGGAUGCUGAUAUUGUGGUUAAUGGUUUGCCUUCAACUGAAACACGUGAGAUCUUUGAAGAGAUAAGUAAGUAUUGGAAGGAGAGGAUCACAGUGCCUAUAAUUAUCUCUUUGUCAAAGGGUAUAGAGGCUGCAUUGGAGCCUGUUCCUCAUAUUAUAACUCCCACAAAGAUGAUUAACCAAGCAACUGGAGUGCCUAUGGAGAACAUACUCUAUCUUGGGGGUCCAAAUAUUGCCUCAGAAAUCUACAACAAGGAGUAUGCCAAUGCAAGAAUAUGUGGAGCUGAGAAAUGGAGGAAACCUCUGGCGAAAUUUUUAAGACAACCACACUUCAUUGUCUGGGAUAACAGUGACCUCAUCACCCAUGAGGUCAUGGGUGGCCUGAAAAAUGUCUAUGCAAUUGGAGCUGGAAUGGUAGCAGCUCUUACCAACGAAAGUGCUACAAGCAAAUCUGUAUACUUUGCACACUGCACGUCAGAAAUGAUAUUCAUCACUCACUUAUUGGCUGAAGAACCUGAGAAACUUGCAGGGCCAUUACUGGCCGACACUUAUGUGACCUUGUUAAAAGGACGUAACGCUUGGUAUGGCCAGAUGUUAGCUAAGGGUCAAUUAAGACCAGAUAUGGGAGACAGCAUUAGUGGCAAAGGAAUGAUUCAGGGUGUGUCAGCAGUGGAGGCAUUCUUUGAACUUCUGAGCCAAUCUAGCCUGAAUGUAUUGCAUCCUGAAGCAAACAAGCCUGUUGCUCCUGUAGAGCUCUGCCCUAUCUUGAAGACACUAUACAAAAUUUUGAUAUCCAGGGAACAGUCAUCACAAGCUAUUCUAAAAGCUUUGAGGGAUGAAAAUCUGAAUGAUCCUCGCGAACGAAUUGAGAUUGCACAAAGCCAUGUUUUCUACAAGCCUUCACUUCUUGGACAAUCCUGAUUAUUUUCUCUUUGGCAAAAACCAAUGUGGAUGAAACCAAAUAUAGGAAGCCUCUGUCAAAGGGAAUACUUUAAUGAGCAUGAAUGUAUUGUUUUGUGAUGGAUUUUGUAAUACAUUAUUGUAUGUAUAUAUGUCAAAAUGUACUUCACUAAGUGUAUGUUUAAAUAUCAGUUUAAAAUCAUGUUUAACGAGAAAACACGUGUUCCAAUGUAUAAAAGGGAAAAGUUUGUGAGUGUAGUUUUUUUUCUUUAA